GUCGCCGCUCCCAUUCUCGGAGUGUACGCUAGAGAGGCGACUUCGGCUGCAGGGCGCCCCGACCUAGGAGCUGGGCUGAGCCGCGCCGCAGAGUUCCAGACCCCAUCUCGAGAGUCUGAGGUAACCUCCAGUGUACACAACAGAAGCUGCAGUUAAAGCCUGCCUAGAAGAUGAAGGACAACGCAGGGAGCGAGCUGAAAGCCAAGAAGCCCAAGCAGGAGGGCCACAUCUGGGGCUCCAUGAGGAGGAUAGCAUUCAUCCUGGGCUCUGGUCUUCUCCUGUCUGUGGCUUUGUGGAACUCAGUUAUGUGGCAUCUUCAGAGAUUCUGGGGUGCUUCUGGCCACUUUUGGCAAGCCCAGUGGGAGAGGCUGCUAUGGAACUUUGAAGGGAAAGAGUGGAUCCUCUUCAUAACAGGUGCUGCCCUUGUGCCCGGGCUGCUCUUCUGGGCCUUCAAUGGGCUUCUGCUUGUGGUGGACACAACGGGAAAACCAGGCUGCAUCGCCCGCUACCGGAUUCAGCAGGGCAAGAACCAACCUGUAGACCCUGUGAAGCUGCGCCAGUCCAUCCGCACAGUUCUUUCCAACCAGUACAUGAUCUCAUUCCCCAUGGUGGUCUUCCUCUACCCCUUCCUUAAGUGGUGGGGAGACCCCUGCCGUCGAGAGCUACCUACUUUCCACUGGUUCCUCCUGGAGCUGGCGAUUUUUACCCUGAUUGAGGAAGUCUUGUUCUACUAUUCACACCGGCUCCUUCACCACCCAACAUUCUACAAGAGAAUUCAUAAGAAACACCACGAGUGGACAGCACCCAUCGGUGUGAUCUCGCUGUAUGCCCACCCUGUAGAGCACGUGGCCUCCAACAUGCUACCGGCAGCAGUGGGUCCCUUGUUAAUGGGCGCCCAUUUGUCCUCCAUCACCGUGUGGUUUUCCUUGGCUCUCAUCAUCACCUCCAUCUCCCACUGUGGCUACCACCUGCCCUUCCUGCCAUCCCCUGAAUUCCACGACUACCACCAUCUCAAGUUCAACCAGUGCUACGGCGUGCUGGGGGUGCUGGACCACCUCCAUGGGACUGACACCAUGUUUAAGCAGACCAAGGCCUACGAGAGACAUGUCCUCCUACUGGGCUUCACCCCACUGUCUGAGAGCAUCCCAGACUCCCCAAAGAUGGCGUGAGAGGGCCUUUGUACAUCCUGGCUGUCCCAAGAUUCUGAGGUGGCUUGAGAGCAACAAAAGCUCCUGAGCUGCAGGUCCAUGAGGGAGAAGGUGCUCUGAGCAAGCUCCUGCCCCAUCCCAUCUACCCUCUGCUGGAGACCCCAUGACCACACAAGUUGCAGAGGACAGAGGGUGGCAGCGGCACAGGAGGUUCCUGGGCUCCAGGGAGUGUGCCUUCUGAUCCCAGGGUGGGGAAUGAGGUAUUGUUUUGCUUCUUUGUCCCCAAAAGCUUUUCUUACCCCUUACCUGGAUAGAACCAGGGUAUGCUGGCUGAUAAUUAUUGGCCUCAGUUCUUAACCAGAACCCAGGCUCCACUUCCACACCAACAGGGACACAAAGACAAAAGUCCAUUUCAACUCUGUGCCACCACAUACAAAUACCCUACUCUGAAAAGACACAAACCCAUCACCCCCACCCCCACCCCCCGCCAGGAACUUCCCUAGGAUUAGCCCUGAUACCGGGAAGGCUCACAGCAAACUCCAGCACCCUCAGCCUGUAUGUAGAGAACCUGAGAGUGCUCAGCGGGGUUACCUUCUACUCACAUGGGGGAAAGGUCAGAGGCUGCCCUUCAGGGAGGCCGAGCAGCACUCACCAGGGUGUGAAGGAGGAUGGAGUUCAAAAGCCCCUUUUCAAAAGGAGCCUAGAAAAACAUGGCCAAAGGGCAAAAUCCUUUGUCCUGAAGUGGUUAAUCAGCAGCCUGGACACCAUUUAUUUUGGAUGAUUUUAGCAGCAACACCUUUCCCAAAUGAUUUCUUUUUUUGGCGGGGUGCGGUACCAUGGAGGACCUUGUGCUUGCCAGGCAGGCACUUAAGCUGUU